AUGGACCCAGUGUCCAAACCCGAUACCACAGUCCUAUCCCAGCUCCUCCUGCUCGCAGGCCUCCUGAGUGCCAGGAGCUUCCCCUGCUUCCCUGAGUGUUGUCUCCAUGAUGAAGACUAUGAAGAGCUGUUGAGCAUCAUUGAGCACGGGCUGGAGCCUGCAGCUCACCCUGCGGAUGUGCUCAUCGUUGGAGCAGGGAUAAGUGGGCUCACAGCAGCCAAGCUGCUCCGAGAUGCUGGCCAUAGGGUCACUGUUCUGGAGGCCAGCGGCCGGGUCGGGGGCCGGAUCCGGACCCAUCGCCCCGAGGGGCAGGACUGGUAUGUGGAGCUGGGAGCCAUGCGCCUGCCAUCCAAGCACAGGCUGGUCCGGGAGCUCAUCAGGCAGUUUGAGCUGAAGCUGAACCCCUUCAUCCAGAGCGAUGAGAACACCUGGUACCUGCUGAACGGCACCCGGGUGAGGGCCAAGGAGGUGAACAGGAACCCCAAUAUCCUCCAGUACCCUGUGGAGCCAUCGGAGAGGGGCAAAAGUGCCCAGCAGCUGUACCGGGAAGCACUGCACAAGGCUUUGAAGGAGUUCCAGGCUACAGACUGCAAGGAGUAUCUGAAGAAAUACGACUCCUUCUCCACCAAGGAGUACCUGAUCAAGGUAGGGAACCUGAGCCGAGGAGCAGUGCAGAUGAUCGGUGACCUCCUGAAUGAGGACUCGGGGUUCUACCUGUCCUUCCUGGACUCUCUAUGGGGCUUCCACACCUUCUCUGAUGAGAGGUUUGAUGAGAUCACAGGAGGGUUCGACCAGCUUCCCAAAGCCUUCCACAGAGCACUACCCAACAUCAUCCGGUUCAAUAGCACAGUGGAGAAGAUCAUCACGGAGGGGAACAAAGUCCAUGUCCAUUACCGUGAUGGGGACAUCCCGACCCCAACCAUGGUAACCACAGACUACGUCCUGGUCACCUCCACCACCAGAGCCACCAGACACAUCCAGUUCCAGCCCCAGCUCCCGGCUCCCAAGCGCCGUGCCCUGCGCUCCCUGCACUAUGCAUCCUCCUCCAAGGUGGCCUUGGGCUGCAAGGAGAGGUUCUGGGAGCAGGAUGGGAUCCGAGGGGGACAAUCCAUCACCGACCGCCCGUCCCGCUUCAUCUACUACCCCAGUACCCACUUCCCCAGUGGGACCAGUGUCCUCCUGGCUUCCUAUACAUGGAAUGACGAUGCCGACUUCUUCCUGCCCCUUACGGAGGAGCAGUGCUUGGAUGUGGUGUUCCAGGACCUGGCUGCCAUCCAUGGGCUGAGCGAGGGGUACCUGCGGGAUGCCUGUCCCCAGUACACCAUACAGAGGUGGCAGCUGGACCCACAUUCACAGGGAGCAUUCGCUGCCUUCACCCCAUACCAGUUCACGGAUUACUCAUGGGAUCUGUUCCAGCCCCAUGGUCGGGUGCACUUUGCUGGGGAGCACACGGCUCAGCCCCAUGCCUGGAUAGACACGGCUGUGAAAGCUGCUGUCAGGGCUGCCAGCAGCAUCCAUAGGGAUAGUGGGGAUGUGCUGGUGCUGAGCACGGAGCAGGCAGGAUGGGCCCUGCACAGGGAGGGUCUGUGA